AUGGUCACCCAAUCCGAACCCGAUUUCAUUUUAUCGUCAGCUUCUCUCCCGAGCAUUCGUCUCAUGCUCAACUAUAAGAAUAUUACUUCCAAGGCUGCCUUCCUCGAGUUUCCAGACAUCAGGUCUACGCUAAAGGCUGGCCUGGUUCCUGGAGAGUCCGCGUUGGAGUUCAAGUAUACAAUCCAACAUGUGACAACCAACACAUACAUUAUGGACUCACUCCCGAUCGCGCAGUUCCUAGAGUUAACCUACUCAACCCCGCCCGUAUCACUGACAUCAGUACUUGGUCACGAGAUCGGAACAAAUGCACGCGGUGUGGUCGGCAAGGCCAUUUACUCGUCGGUGAUAUCGCGUGAGGUCCGCAUCUUGUCACUGCGCUCGCAGGAGUAUUUCCGGCGCACACAAGAAGCCUCCCUCGGCCACCUCCUUGAGUAUCUCCUUGGUGUGGGGAGGGAGGAGCGGGUCUGGGGCGAGGUUAGAGACGUUGUGGGUGCUGGUGUUGCUGAUACGGACGCACAGGGCGGACAGGCCGUUUGUGCUUGGUGCCCGGCCAAACUAUACUGUGCUCUUCAUUGCCUGAUCCUUUCGGUCUGCUAG